UGUUUCGAUCGAGAAUUGAUAUAUUCGGAUGUAAUAACUCGUAUUUGAUAGAAAAUGCCUAUUUCGCAAGAAAAAUUUGGCAUAACAGAUGAUGGGGAAGAAGUUAUAAGGUACACGUUGACCAAUGGCAAUAACUUGGAAGUCCGAAUUAUCAACUAUGGAGGAAUAAUCACCAACAUUUUCGCUCCUGAUAAAAAUGGUAAACGUGCAGACAUAGUUCUUGGAUUUAAUUCGUUUGAUGGUUAUAAGGUGAAGCACCCGUAUUUUGGCGCUCUUAUCGGUCGUUAUGGUAACAGAAUAGCUGGUGGAAGGUUUUCGAUAGAUGGCACAGAGUAUAGUUUGGCUAGAAACAACAACGGCAACGCCUUGCACGGUGGUCUGAAGGGGUUUGAUAAGCGUGUAUGGACCGCUUCGGUAGAAGGGGACAAAUUGGUUCUUCAACUGGACAGCCCGGAUGGGGAAGAAGGGUACCCGGGGAACCUAAUUUGUUACGUCACAUACCAGCUGACCCCUGACAACAGGCUCACCAUUACCUAUUUUGCCUUGACUGACAAGCCCACCAUCGUGAACAUGACAAAUCAUUCGUAUUUCAACCUUAACGGUCACGACUCGGGGACAAUAGACGAUCACGUUUUGCGUGUAAAGGCUUCACACUUUACCCCUGUAAACGAAACAUUAAUACCAAAAGGAAAAAUAGAGCCAGUUGAUGGGACAGCCUUUGAUCUCCAAAGUGACACGUUGCUAGGAGACCGUAUCAAACAGGUGCCCGGCAACAUUGGAUUUGACCACAACUUCUGUUUAGAAAAACCUGGCCAAAUUAAACACGUUGCUAGGUUGUAUCAUCCUGAUUCUGGGCGGUGCAUGAACAUGUACAGCAGUGAGCCCGGGGUGCAGGUGUAUACGGGAGCCCAUAUGCCCGACAUCAUAGGCAAGGGAGGGGUGAAAUAUAGGAAGUUUGCGUCCGUUUGUCUAGAGGCACAACAUUAUCCUAACAGUCCCAAUCAGGAGAAUUUUCCACCUGUUGUUUUACGACCUGGAGGGACGUACACACAAUCUACGAGCUACGAGUUCAGUGUUGUCAAAUAAGCAUACAGCAAACGUUUAAAGGAUAACUUUUAGGAUUUGUUUGUGUUUGUUAUAUUGGAAAAAAUGAAUGUCAAUAUGAAGCGCAGGAAAGGAAAAUAAA